AUGUUUGAAAGCGUUGGGGUUACAAAUGGUAUCAGAACUGACUCUCUGACGUAUCGAGUUGGCGCUAUAGCGGUUCUCUUGAGCGUCUCUUAUCUUGGUCAUGUGCCAUGUUUAAAGGAUGCAUGGCAUGAAAGCUCCAUCAGACUGAAAGGGAUUAAUUUUCUUGAUUGGUCAAAAGAUGCUGCUACGUCUGCAUGCUCAUCUUGCAGGUGUUUUUUUAGUGGAGAAGGAAGCAGGAACAACUCUGGAAAUUUAGGGAGGUCAGACUUGGAGACAUCUAAAAGAUUUUCAUUUAGUGGCAGGGGAUGGACCAACAUCCUCCUUAUGAUUAACGUCUUGGUCUAUAUUGCACAAAUUGCAACACAAGGGAAGCUGCUUGUAUGGGGUGCUAAGAUUAAUAGUCUUAUUGACCAAGGACAAUUGUUGAGGCUUGCCACGUCUUCCGUAUUGCACUCAAAUAUUGGUCACCUCAUGAUUAAUUGUUAUUCUUUGAACUCUGUUGGUCCUACUGUGGAGACCAUUAGUGGUCCUAGAAGAUUUCUUGCAGUUUAUAUCACCUCUGCAAUUGCAAGUUCGGCAAUGAGUUAUUGGCUCUGCAAAUCACCUUCUGUUGGUGCAUCUGGAGCAGUUUUUGGAUUGGUUGGAUCUGUUUCCGUGUUUGUCUUGAGGCAUAGAAGCCUAGUGGGAGGUGGCAAAGAAGAUUUACAGCAUAUAGCACGUGUGAUUGUUUUAAAUAUGGUUAUUGGGCUUUUGUUCAAAGGCAUUGAUAACUGGGGACAUGCUCUGGAGAUGCAAGAAUCUAAACACAAGUCCAAUUGCCUGGUUGGGAUGAUGGGUUCAACUUCCAUGGUACUGCAGGUGCUAGCAGCAGUGGAUGAAGGGGAUGGGCGAGUGGGAGUAGUUGGCCCCUUCCAAUCGAAGGGUUUUAUGGAAGGACUCGAACAAUGGGAGCUUAUAGUGAUGCCAGGACGACAUCUUGUACUUAUUAGUACUUAUUUUUGGAUGGUUGGAACUAAAAUGUGUAAUGGGAGUAGUUGAUUUUUCCUAUAUUAUGUAUGAAAUUAAAUUAUUGACGUUAGGUUAGACUUGGUUCUUAUGAAAUUUGUAAUAUAUAUAUAAUUGGACGUUCAAUAUUAAUUUUUUGGAUGGUUGGAACUAAAA